AUGAGGAUUUUUGUGUGCGCAGCUAUUUUGGCGGUUGUGUCUGCCGCCCCAAGUGUGCUUGACAACCAAAUCGAGAGGGAUUCGGAACGCAAUGCCGGAGCAUGGGACAGGAUGUCUAGGACGCUCGUGGCUUGUGCCGGAGCCGAGGACAUGACGUCCUGUCUGGCAGUGAAAGGAGUAGCCAUGCUCGAUCGUGCAGCCCGACAACAAAAAAUCGAAAUCUUACCAGGAGUUUCAUUCAACAGAGACAGCGCCUAUGAAGUAAGUCGUGAAGGAAAAGCUUUAAGUGAAGAUGAAAUUGCAUCUAAAUUGCCAACGAAUGGAGAAGAAAAGAAUGCACGUCUUUUGGACUUGAUCUCUGAAGCCGCUUCAAGAUUCAUCAGCAGCCACAGCCUCCAAGUUAAAUUACCCGAAGAUGCCGCCCAAAGCGUAGCCAGAGCCAUCGAAGAAGGACGUCGCGGAGGAAAAAUGAAGAAAAUGUUGGGACCCAUCAUCAUGGCUGUAGGUGCUAAAUUGGUUGCCAUCAUUCCUUUAGUUUUGGGUGGAAUCGCUUUCUUGGCAGUUAAGGCUUUGAUUGUAUCUAAGAUCGCUUUCAUCUUGGCUGCCGUCCUCGCAGUACAAAAACUUUUCGGUGGAAGCAGCGGAUACAGCUCCAGCAUCUUGGGAAAAUUCUCCGGCGCUGGUAGCCAAGGAUGGUCAAGCUACUCACCAGCAAGUUCCGGCUGGGCUUCCGGCGGCACCACACAACAAGGAUGGUCAUCAGGUUCAUCUGGCAGCUCUAGCUACCCAUACGCGCGUAGCUUCGAUGCUCAGUCGAUGGCAUACAGUGGCCAAAAACCAGAAUAA